AUGGGUGAUUCAGAAGAUGAUGAAAUGGUCCCCCACGAACUAGAGCAAAUGAGGAGUAUAUUGGAAGAGGCGAUUUUGGAAACGCGCAGCAUGCCUCUCGAAAAUCGACCGCGACUUCCCCGCAUACCCCUAAGCAAGCGAAAUCGGGCUGUCGUGAAGGCUCUUAACCCAAUGCUGGUAACCUAUUUGGAAGCCAGCCGGGACCUUUGCGAGACGGACUCAGUUCUUUUUGGCGCCGCAGUGGCAGCUUGCUGUAUUAUUGGCGCCAAACCUCCCAUGGCUGGACGCGCUACUAAACAAAGUAGCGCCAUCCCAGCCAGGAGAAAAAGAAUUGAGGACCGUAUCGCAAAGGCAAGGGCCCUUAUCGGCAGACUGAUAAGCUUCAGGUCGGGUAAUAAUAGACCGAGGGUUGUGCGCACCGUUAGAAUGGCGUUUGCUGGGACAAAUAUCAGUUUGUCCCAGCCGGAUAUCACGCAGAAACUAACGGAGCGCACAGACGACCUGAAGCAAAAGAUUUCUGCUUGUCUGCUUGGGGGAAGCGGAUUCGCCGAUUUACCGAGAGGUCAAGGCGGUUCAACCAGAAUCGUCUCUUCCAGAGUGAUCAGAAGAGGCUCUACAAAUCAUUGGAGCGACCAGAGGUAUGUGGAGCGGGCCCAGGACCGGAUCAGGCUAACACUGUCGCAUUUUGGCGUGGCCUGUGGUCAGAGCCCGUAA